UUUCAAGAAAUAUAUGGGGAUUCUAGUGAAACAAAGGAACGACAAAUAUGGAAUCAGCUUAUUGGACUUCUCAUAAAACGAUUUCACUACUCUAAACGUCAUUGGGGCAACCUAAUUGCUCAACUUGUAGUACCUUUCUUAAUACUAUGUCUCUGUCUUUAUGAGAUUCAAGAGGCAGGACAUAACUCUAAAAUUUCUUAUACACCUAUAAAAUUAGAUUUAAAGCAUGUUUAUGGAAAAACAGAUAGUUUUUAUUAUUCAAAACAAUCAGAAGAUAAUUUAGUUAAACAGUUUACUAAUACUUUGUCAGAAAAAGGUGUUAGUGUUGUUAAAGUUGAUGAUCCAACAAAGUACAUCCUAAAAUAUGGUGAGGAUGAUCUUUCCAAAUAUUUAAAAAAUUUGUUGGUAGGGGGAGCCGUAGAUGUGUAUGCAAAUGGAACAAAUAAUUUGACUGCUUGGUUUAAUGGAGAACCAUACCACACUUUACCUAUGUCACUUCUUUUGAUGCAUACGGCUGUUUUGAGAUCUAUUGUGUCUGACAAAGCAACAAUUACAUUGACUAAUGACCCAUUGCCAGAGCUCUAUCUUAAUAUUUACAAUGAUGAAUUUAAUAUGAAAGAGAGAAUAAUUGCAAUGGUUUAUAUGCCUUUAUGUUUGGCAUUCUUGUCUGCAAGUUUUGUAUUGGUUCCUCUCCAUGAACGUAUCACAAAAGCGAAAUUGCUACAACUCAUGACAGGAUUGAAUGCUUCUCUUUAUUGGAUUGCAACGUUUCUAUGGGAUUUUUUAGUUUAUUUUGCCGUGUCUCUUUUGCUCUUGAUUCCACUUGCAAUAUUUAGUCAUCAUGUGUUUUUUGGAUUGCACUCUGAAGCAUCCGGAGUUUCUAUCAUGAUGCUAUUUCUAUAUGGUUGGGCAUCUAUACCUUUCAGUUAUAUA